AUGGAGGGACGCAUAAAGGAAGGCUCUGAACUUGGGGAGCAGAGGGUCCUGAUUGACAAUCCUGCUGACAUUCUGGUCAUUGCUGCGUAUUUCCUGCUGGUCAUUGGUGUUGGCUUGUGGUCUAUGUUCAGAACCAACAGAGGCACCGUUGGUGGCUACUUCCUGGCAGGACGAAACAUGGUGUGGUGGCCGGUUGGUGCCUCUCUCUUCGCCAGCAACAUUGGCAGCGGGCAUUUUGUGGGCCUGGCAGGGACCGGUGCGGCGAGCGGCUUGGCUGUGGCUGGAUUUGAGUGGAAUGCGCUCUUUGUGGUGCUCCUCCUGGGCUGGCUCUUCGUGCCUGUGUACCUGACCGCCGGUGUGAUUACAAUGCCUCAGUACCUGCGCAAGCGCUUUGGGGGACGCCGCAUUCGCCUCUACCUGUCGGUGCUCUCACUCUUUUUGUACAUCUUCACCAAGAUCUCGGUGGACAUGUUCUCCGGGGCGGUGUUCAUACAGCAGGCCCUGGGCUGGAACAUUUACGCUUCCGUCAUUGCACUCUUGGGCAUCACCAUGAUUUAUACUGUGACAGGAGGGCUGGCGGCACUGAUGUACACAGACACUGUGCAGACAUUUGUCAUUCUGGCCGGGGCCUUCAUCCUCACUGGAUAUGCUUUCCAUGAAGUGGGCGGGUACUCGGGUCUCUUCGACAAAUACCUGGGAGCAGUGACUUCACUGACGGUGUCCAAGGAUCCCGCUAUUGGCAACAUCUCCAGCACCUGCUAUCAACCGAGGCCCGACUCCUAUCACUUACUGCGUGACCCGGUGACGGGGGACCUGCCGUGGCCUGCACUGCUCCUGGGACUUACCAUAGUCUCAGGCUGGUACUGGUGCAGCGACCAGGUAAUAGUGCAGCGCUGCCUGGCUGGAAAGAACUUGACUCACAUCAAAGCUGGAUGCAUCUUGUGUGGCUACCUGAAGCUGAUGCCCAUGUUCCUUAUGGUCAUGCCGGGCAUGAUCAGCCGCAUUCUUUACCCAGAUGAAGUUGCAUGUGUGGUACCUGAGGUGUGUAAGCAAGUGUGUGGCACCGAGGUGGGCUGCUCUAACAUCGCCUACCCACAGCUUGUCGUGAAGCUCAUGCCCAAUGGUCUGCGUGGACUCAUGCUGGCAGUCAUGCUGGCUGCCCUCAUGUCCUCUCUAGCAUCAAUCUUUAACAGUAGCAGCACACUUUUCACUAUGGACAUCUACACCCGCCUGCGGCCUCGUGCGGGUGAUAGGGAGCUGCUGAUAGUUGGAAGGCUCUGGGUGGUCUUCAUUGUGGCGGUCUCAGUGGCUUGGCUCCCUGUGGUGCAGGCGGCACAGGGCGGGCAACUCUUCGACUAUAUCCAGUCUAUCUCCAGCUACCUGGCCCCCCCAGUGUCCGCUGUCUUUGUGCUAGCGCUCUUUGUGCCCCGAGUCAACGAGAAGGGCGCUUUCUGGGGACUAGUCGGGGGCCUGCUGAUGGGCCUGGCACGGCUCAUACCCGAGUUCUUCUUUGGCUCAGGUAGCUGCGUGCGCCCCUCAGCGUGCCCAGCGCUCCUCUGCCGGGUCCACUACCUCUACUUUGCCAUUGUGCUCUUCAUCUGCUCCGGCCUCCUCACACUUGUGAUUUCCCUGUGCACUGCACCCAUCCCACAGAAGCAUCUCCACCGCCUGGUUUUCAGUCUCCGGCACAGCAAGGAGGAACGAGAGGACCUAGAUGCUGAUGAGUUAGAAAGCCCGAGCCUGGCCCCUGUGCAGAAUGGGUACCAGGAACAUGCAGUGGUGAUCGAAGGUAAGGCACACCCCAGCAAGUGUCGUGGGGAGCUAGGGGAGCUGCCUCCCCUCACACUAACUGUAUACGCCCCAUUUCUUCCAGAGGUCCAGCCCCCAGCCCCCAGCCUGCUCCGCCAGUGCCUGCUCUGGUUCUGUGGAAUGAGCCGGAGUGGGUCAGGGGGUCCUCCACCCACUGGUGAGGAGGUGGCUGCAACAACCAGGAGGCUAGAGGACAUCAGUGAGGACCCUGGCUGGGCCCGUGUGGUCAACCUCAAUGCUCUGCUCAUGAUGACUGUGGCUGUGUUCCUCUGGGGCUUUUAUGCCUAA